AUGGAGACGGUAACGAACACCACGAUACUAAGUACCACGAGCAUCGUCGACUACGCUCGUGAGGUGAGCCAGGAGGACUCGAUGAUCCAGAACUGCGAGGCGGAUCUGCCGAUCGUCUCGCUGCUCAAUCAGAUCCUCUACUCCAUCGUCUGUAUCGUCGGUCUCCUCGGGAACACUCUGGUGAUCUACGUGGUGCUGCGGUUCUCGAAGAUGCAGACGGUGACCAACAUGUACAUCGUGAACCUGGCGAUAGCCGACGAGUGCUUCCUCAUCGGGAUACCGUUCCUGGUCACCACGAUGAGUCUACGCAGUUGGAUCUUCGGGAAAAUAAUGUGCAAGGCGUACAUGACCACGACCAGCAUCAAUCAAUUUACCAGUAGCAUUUUCCUCUUCAUCAUGAGCGCCGAUCGUUACAUCGCCGUGUGCCAUCCGAUCUAUUCGCCGAAGAUUCGCACGCCGUUCAUCUCCAAGAUAGUUUCUCUAACCGCCUGGGCCACUAGCGCCCUCUUCAUGAUCCCCAUAUUCCUCUACGCCAACGCGAUGGAGUCUCAGAAGGGAAUCAACUGCAACAUCUACUGGCCGAACGACCGCGAAGGCCACGCCACUUUCACCCUGUACACCUUCAUCCUGGGCUUCGCCAUUCCGCUCACCCUCAUUCUGAUCUUCUACUUCCUGGUGAUCAGGAAGCUUCAAACGGUUGGCCCGAAGAACAAAUCGAAAGAGAAGAAACGAUCUCAUCGCAAAGUGACCAAGUUGGUACUCACUGUGAUCACAGUGUACGUUCUAUGCUGGCUGCCCUACUGGCUCAUGCAGGUGGCGCUCAUCUACACUCCGCCUAAGCAGUGCCAGAGCAAGAUCUCCAUCACCAGCUUCCUGCUGGCUGGCUUUCUCAGCUACAGCAAUAGCGCGAUGAACCCUAUCCUGUACGCUUUCCUCAGCGACAAUUUCAAGAAAAGCUUCCUAAAAGCGUGCACCUGCGCUGCUGGCAGGGACCUAAACGCCACGCUGUACAUGGAAAACAGCGUGUUUCCGCGCAGGAACAGGAUGAACGCGGAAAGGCUUCAAUCGAAUCGACUAGCUGCAUCCGGUCACUCGAGGCUGGAGCUGGAAGACGAGGACGCCGAGAGGGGAUUAUUGAUGAGCAAAACAUCCACGACAACGGUGACCAUGACGUCACGAUCGAACAUCACCAUAGGCAACGACCCGAAGGAUCAAGCGCAGAGGGAAAAGGACGCGAUGAAAAAUGGAACACAGAUGACGCUCUUGACGCAAGUGUAA